CCUCUCAACGUCAGCAGCCAGUGGUUUUUCGGGUUGAUCUGACUUCUUUUGGCUGCCGAGAGUUCACUGUAUUGUAAAGGGUACUGUGAAUCCUAGAGGAGGAGGGGGGGGUUGAUUUGCCAAAAAUUAUCCCGCUUGGGUACACAUCCGGAGUAUCGACGAUCAUAAUUUAUCGCACCCUUUACCUUUUUAGAUACUGGGUUUUAUUGUUUUUAUUAAUUUAUUCUAUUUCUCUUAGUUUAUGGUUUAUGUUAACACUCCGGGAGGGCAGAAAUGGCGGCCAACAUGUACCGGGUCGGAGAUUAUGUAUUCUUUGAGAACUCCUCCAGUAACCCUUACCUGAUCCGGCGGAUAGAAGAACUCAACAAGACGGCCAGUGGGAACGUGGAGGCCAAGGUGGUUUGUUUCUACAGAAGAAGAGACAUCUCCCACAGCCUCAUCCAACUUGCUGACAAACAUGCAAAGGAGUUGGAAGAAGAGAAGGAGAGCCCAAUAGAGACAGACCUAACAGAAAAACAGAAACACCAGCUUCGCCACAGAGAACUCUUCCUCUCCCGGCAGUAUGAGAGUCUACCUGCGACACACAUCAGGGGGAAGUGCAGUGUCGCAUUAUUGAACGAGACUGAAGCUGUUCUUUCAUACCUUGACAAAGAGGAUACAUUUUUCUACUCGCUGGUGUACGACCCAACACAGAAGACACUGCUGGCCGACAAAGGAGAGAUCAGAGUGGGGCCACGCUUUCAGGCAGAUGUACCUGAAAUGCUACAAGAGGGUGAGGCAGACGACAGGGACCAGUCCAAGCUGGAAGAGAAGCUGUGGUAUCCAGAGUGUCCACUUACCAGCAAACAGAUAGACCAAUUCCUAGUGGUGGCACGGGCGGUUGGGACCUUUGCUCGAGCGUUGGACUGCAGCAGCUCGGUUAGACAGCCAAGCUUACACAUGAGUGCAGCUGCUGCCUCACGAGAUAUCACACUGUUCCAUGCGAUGGACACGUUGCAUCGUCAUAAUUACGACCUGUCUAGUGCCCUAAGUGUGCUGGUCCCGGCUGGCGGCCCAGUGCUCUGCAGGGAUGAGAUGGAGGAGUGGAGCGCCUCGGAAGCUGCCAUGUUUGAAGAGGCACUAGAAAAAUAUGGAAAAGACUUCAACGACAUUCGACAAGACUUUCUGCCAUGGAAGUCUCUGACUAGCAUCAUAGAGUACUACUACAUGUGGAAGACCACAGACAGAUAUGUGCAACAGAAGAGACUGAAGGCAGCAGAGGCAGAGAGCAAACUGAAGCAGGUUUAUAUCCCCACAUAUAACAAGCCCAACCCCAACCAGAUCUCAGUGACUAAUGGCAAGAUGGCGACAGUGAAUGGAGCGGGCCCCGGGGCCUACCAUGCAGCAGGCGGGGGCAGAGCCUGUGAAAGCUGCUACACCAUGCAGUCAGCCCAGUGGUACUCAUGGGGGCCUCCAAACAUGCAGUGCCGCCUUUGCGUUUCCUGCUGGAUGUACUGGAAGAAAUACGGAGGCCUGAAGAUGCCAAGCAGAGCAGAGGCCCCAGAGGAGAGGACCUCUCCCAGUCCAGCAACCAAUGAGCCUCGUUCACGGGGUCAUGCUCCUCGCCAGUCCAACCACAUGGUGCCGAUGCGAAACAGCGGCAGCCCCAAGUCCUCCAUGAAGACCAAGCAGGCUUUCCUGCUGCAGGCCACCCGCCUCACCAAGCUGGCCCGGCAUAUGUGCCGUGACAUCAUCAGGCUGCGCCGUGCUGCGCGCCGGCCCUUUGUCCCCAUUAACUCUGGGGCCAUAAAGGCAGAGUACAUGUUAAGGGUGUCGGAAGGGCAAGGGACUCGCCUACCCAAAACCAGAGCCGCCCAAAGGAGCACUCUGACCAGUAUUCUGCAGUUUCUAGAGUCCCGUCCGGCAGCCCACACCCCUCGCUCCCACCGCACCCCGGGCCUGCAGACGCCUCCCCCUCGACGCCUCCUCUCCUCUCUCCCACACGGGCCCCACGGCAUGCUGGGAAAACGCAGCUACCAUCACCACAGCAGGGCUGAGUCAGACAGACGCACAGAUAACCCUGGUACCACAGGUGGACCCCUCCUGCAUAACGGCCGCAGCAGCAGCAGUGGAAGCACCCGAGGUGGAGUGAUGAUCCGCAAGAGACGCCCCAACUGGAUUGAUGCCCCUGAUGACAGCUUCUUCCUUGUCACCCGGGAGACCAGCGUGAUGAAGAAUGCAGUGUGCCACAGAGCAGAGAGGAGUGGGAGAUCACUCCCACAUAUUCAGGGAGGAGGGCCAGACGGCUGCUGUCCCGCUCCCAGCUGAGGCAUGCUUGUCGGCAGCCAUGCGAGCAGAUUACCCUGCGCAGGGUCACCCAGGGCCUGCCGCAGGGGCUUGUCCUUGCCCCUCCGCACCCUCACCCCAGCCUGAGGAUGCGAGGCCCCAUCGUCAUCCACGACUAACCCCACACAGACCCUCUGACCCCGUGCUGCACACACCCUAACAAAUUCUCACCUCCUAUUCUCCUUCUUUAUUCCUUAAAAUUCCUUUCCCUAAAAAUGCUGUCUAACUGGCAACAGAAGUAUGUCAUGAGCUGUGAUGCAAUAGAAAACUUACACCUGACCUGACUGCAAGUGCUGCCUGUCUUUAAUCCUGGGUAUGUGUUUGAAUGUGUAAAUAUUGUAAUUGGGUGCAUGCGAGUAACUGAGUGAGUGAGUGUCUGUGUGUGUGUCUGUGUGUGUGUGUGUAUGUGUGUGUAAUCAUGCCAACAACAUGAAUGAGCGAGGUAACGUUGACGUGUGCUGUUCUUUAUUUUUAUGGAUGGACUUAACGACAGAACUUUGUGUGACUUUUUUGUGUCGAUGGUGAAUUGAUGUGAAGUUCUAUCAGUUUGUAUAAAGUUACUUUGGGUGGGGGCAUGGGGUUGGAUUAGGAUAGGGUGGGGGGGGUGGGAAUGCGUUGAUGUGGACUGAGGUUCUUUUAACAAUGAAGAAGAGGCAAAUGUCUAUCGCUGACGUUAAAAAGAAAAUGCACUAUAUGUAGACUGAACUAGCGGCCCUUUUUUUAACGGCUGCUUUGAAUUGUGUUUUACCCGCAUUUUUUCAUGCUCUUCUUGAAGUUUAUAUCAAUGAGCUGAUGAGCUGGUGUUGAAAUAUGAUGAUCUGGAGACAUUAUUUCACAAACGCUGUCAGCUAUUCAUGACAAAUCUGCAGGUCUGAAAAUAUAAGGCAAAGAAAUUGAGAGCUAGCUUACAUCUAACAGCAAAAGAAUGAACCAGUGUAUUAUAUAUUGUAUAUCUCAUUAAAGCACUGUAAAUCUACUCAUCCUAUUUCUAUGGCCGACUGUACCUACCUAGCCCUGACAUGGGUACUAAAGCACUUCCUUUGCAACAGAAAGGGCAUGGAUCUGUCAUAUCUUCCUCAAGGCUGUGAUGGACCGGCAAUAUUUUGAGGCAAAGAAGAGUAACUUUGCCAGCAGCAGUUUAGUCAUAUUCAAUUUCUUCAUUGUUCUUAUAAAGUCAUCAAUCAAGUUUAUCCUGUUUUCAGACAUGUCUCUCUCUCUCUCUGCUGCAUGCUGGCAGAGAGCGUUGCCUCAAAAAGUUGCCUAUCCAGCCUUCAGGUGUGUUUAAUUAUGAGUUUUAAAACUGGCAUCGCCGCAGCAUGUCCUUGAGGUGAGAUCCUCCGCUGAUGAUUUCUUCUCUUUCAUUCAGAAUGUUUAUGUUAGUGUUUCCUGUAUGUCAUGUGUUGAAUUAUGAAUAUGCUGA